CUAUUUAUUUGCAAAUUCUCACAAACCCAACACCUUUAAAUUCUCUCAAUUCUUGAUUCUUUAUACAAAAAAUAAAAUUCAAAGAUUGUUGCUUUACUUCAACAACCCAUUUUCAUUCUUGAACUCUUUUUUGUAGCUUUAUUUAUUUGAUUGAAUAAGAAUUUGUGAAUAACUUUGUAGGAUUUGAAAAGGGGUUUUAGAAAUGGAUGGUCUUUGUUUGACAGGAGGAGGGAUACAGGGUAUGGCGGGGCCUAUAGCCAUUGCCGGUGGUGCCGGAGGUUUAGAUGUACGUUCGACCCAGUUUAGUACAUCGGCGGUUGGACGUUCGUCGAUGUCUGUGGAAAAGACAUCUUCUUGUAGGAAUAAGUCAUGGGGUUUUUCGUUUAGGUACCCACUUAGAUCUUUUUGGUCUGGAGGUAAAGGAAGGUAUGAUGCUAUAGCGGUGGACGACGCUGUUUUGAUGGAGGAGAAGAAUGAGGAGAAAAAUGAGAAUUGGGUAUUGAAGAUUUUGCAUAUUAGGUCUUUGCAGAAGGAGAAGGAGGUAGGGGAGGAGAAGGAUGGGGGUGUUGAGGAUCUGGGGGAAAAGGUGGAGGGAGAAGGUGGUGAUGACAUUGAAGAUGAUAGUGAAGAGAAUAUCAAGCAUGAUGAUGGGGAUGAAGAAGAAUGUGAUGUGUGUUGUGUAGAUGAUGAUGAAAAAUUCAAAUUUGAUAGAAAUUCUUUUUCAAAGUUGCUUAGGAGGGUGACAUUGGCUGAAGCUAGAUUGUAUGCUCAGAUGUCUUAUUUGGGAAGUUUGGCUUAUGGAAUACCCCAAAUUAAGCCAGAAAAUUUAUUGAGGAAUCACGGAUUGCGUCUUGUUACGUCUUCAUGUGAGAAAAGAGAGCAGGCGUUAAAAGCUGAGAAAGAGAAGGCAGAAGCUGAAGAUCAGGAGAAGAAAGAGAAUGAAAUCGCUCAAACUCAGGGAGAAGAAAGAAGCACUACAAUUUCAGUAGAAGGGAAUGGAAAGACCAGUGGGAACAGGAUAAGUGCAUCCACAGCUUACCAUAUAGCUGCCUCUGCCGCGUCUUAUUUGCACUCUCAUACAAUGAGCAUUCUUCCUUUUAAAUCCUCCAAGACUAUGCCAAAUAAAGAUUCCUCUGAAACAACCGUCGGAUGUGAUGACAAUAUAGAUGCAAUGAACAGGGAAGUUGCUUCUUUUAUGGUAACCAGUGACUCAGUGACAUCAGUAGUUGCUGCAAAGGAGGAAGUAAAGCAGGCUGUUGCAGACGACCUAAAUUCAAAUCAUUCUUCACCCUGUGAGUGGUUCGUGUGUGAUGAUGAUCAGAGCUUGACAAGAUUCUUUGUAAUUCAGGGAUCAGAGUCACUAGCAUCAUGGAAAGCAAAUCUAUUGUUUGAACCUGUUAAAUUUGAGGGUCUGGAUGUGAUGGUCCAUCGGGGUAUUUAUGAAGCUGCAAAGGGCAUGUACGCGCAGAUGCUACCAGAAGUACGCUCACAUCUUAAAUCUCACGGUAGUCGUGCCAAUUUCCGUUUUACUGGGCACUCUCUUGGUGGAAGUUUAUCAUUGCUCGUCAAUCUCAUGCUGUUCAUAAGGGGAGAAGUUCCCCUGUCUUCCUUGCUUCCUGUUAUAACUUUUGGUGCACCAUCAAUAAUGUGUGGAGGAGACCGCCUCCUUCGCCGCCUUGGCUUGCCUCGAAGUCAUGUGCAGGCAAUCACAAUGCACCGAGACAUUGUACCCCGAGCCUUCUCUUGCAAUUAUCCCAAUCACGUAGCAGAGUUUCUUAAAGCUAUCAACGCAAACUUCCGCAAUCAUCAAUGUCUGAAUAACCAGAAGUUAUUGUUUGCUCCAAUGGGGGAGUUCUUAAUCCUGCAGCCAGAUGACAAGUUCUCUCCAAACCAUGACCUACUACCUUCAGGUUCCGGUCUGUAUUUACUGAACUGUCCUGUAUCAGAUUCAACAGAGGCAGAAAAACAACUUCAAGCCGCUCAGUCUGUAUUUUUAAACUCACCCCAUCCACUCGAGAUCCUAAGUGAUCGCUCUGCCUAUGGUUCUGGAGGAACAGUACAAAGAGACCACGACAUGACUUCAUACCUAAAAUCAGUUAGAAACGUAAUUCGUCAUGAGCUGAACAACAUCAGAAAAGCUAAGAGGAAGCAAAGGCGCAGAGUUUGGUGGCCAUUGGUUUCACCAAGUGGGGUUAAUGCUGGUAUUGUUGUUAGAAGGUACGUCGAAUCAGGUAGUAUGGGACAUGGCCAGAUGAACUUUGCUGGCAUCUUACAAAGUGGGAAAGAGUCGUUGAAACGAUUCAGUACACUAGUUGCAUCACAGCACAUGCACUUGCUUGUGGUGCUUUUGUUUCCUGCGCGAUUGCUUAUCGUUGGGACUUUUAGCAUGUUCAAUUUUCGUUGAAUCCCCAGAAGCAUUGCACAUUACACAGGUUAAGAAGGGUAGAUGAUUCUUUAUUCAUUGACUACUACUACUGUUCCCUGGUUUUCUCAAAAGGGAACCUCCUGGAUGAAUGAAAUCCAAAUAUAUCCACUAUUAGCAAAUAGAUUUACAAUUUGGAUCCAUUUGUUAAUUGAUAAAUUCUAUUUAUGGAAUGCAAAAAUGUAUACUUUUGUAGUAGAAUGUUGUGUAGUAAAUAAUAUAUAGUCUCUCCUUCAAAUA